AUUGAGAUGUCCGGAAAGUUCAAAGUUAGUUGCAGAAAGAAAGAGAGAGACAGAGGUCAAAACCAGCACUACCCUUACAAAGUCAUCGAAAUUACUCCGCCGCCAAACCUCGGCAUCCGCUGCUUUCCCUGUAAUGUGCAGUGCGGGGAGAGCGUGACAAUUGAAGGCCGGGCUUAUACGGUAUCAGCUGUAACUCAUCGAUACCAACUCCGAAAGGGGAAGUAUGAGCCUAGUGAGAAGAGGCUCGAUGUACUGUCCACGGGAAGAUACAUUUUGAACUUGUAUUUGGAAAACUUAAUGGAAAAAUCAUAAUAAUCUAUUCCUAUUUAGCACAACAUUUACUCCAAAGUAAGUAGAGAAUUAUGAACAGUAGGACUUUGGUGGGAUGGGAGGUCAAGUGUUCAAAUCUUGUCUUUCACUAUUUGUUGUUAUAUGUGGCCUGUCACUUUAAGUGGUUUCAUGUAUCUGUUUGAAUCGGUGGUGGUUCAGUUUUCACUGGUUUUCCCUUAGUCCUCUUCAGGCUAUAACAGUAGAGAGUUAUAACAGUAGCCUUAGCACAUUGACCUAUAUAGUAGAUUUGUAUGAUGAUGGGGAAUGAUUAAUUUAGAGUCCCAGUACUCA